CGGAAAUACUCUGGUUUUGCGUUCCAAAGUAUUCAUUAUUAACGGGGGUGUGUGUGGUUAUGGCAGUACAGAGCGUGGCUCAGUAACUAUCCGUGGAUAACAGGGGCAAGAAAUAACCUCAGGAUUUGGCAGUGAUACCGUCACAAUGUUCCUGCCCCGAGCUGUGAAACGACGGCUGGAAGGGGAGACAUCUGUAGGGAAAAGAUCCGCUCUGCUAAAGGGACAAUCCCCUGCACCCGAUUCUCUAGCUGCCUCUCAGCCCGAGCCACCCUUACUUAUGCCUCUUUCUCAUCCAACCCAACUGGACUCAUAUGUAGCUUCCUCUGCUUUCACGUCUCUGAUACCCGCUGUUUUUACUACUGCCCAAUCGUCACUCACCUCAUCUCUCAACCCUACCCCAUCUCUCACACCUGCACCCACUUCUGCUCCAUCGCUCGCACCUGCACCCACUUCUGCUCCAUCACUCGCACCUGCGCCCACUUCUGCUCCAUCUCUCGCACCUGCGCCCACUUCUGCUCCAUCUCUCACACCUGCACCCUCUUCUAAGCUACCCAUUCCAUUAGCACCCACAUCUACCCAAUCCUUCACACCUGCACCCAUUUCUCCCUCACCAUCUGUAGCCACCUCCACUCCAUCCAUAUCUUGUGCUGCCAAGGCUGCUUCUCCCUCCAAAUCUGUCAAACUCCCACCGUUAGUCACUCCUACAGAGGAUGCUGAGGAAGAAGCAGUCAAGUCAUACAGUAAAAGUCAACGCUGGCCGUUUCCUGGGGAUCCAUUGUGUGUUAUCUGUGGAAGAUACGGAGAGUAUAUAUGUGAUCAGACGGACCAUGACGUGUGCAGCUUAGAGUGCAAAGCCAUGGACAUUUUGCAGGCUUCUGGGGCAGCCAGCACCCCACUUGUUUUCCCAGACAAGGCCACUAACUCAUCACCUUUAUUGUAUUCAACUGCUGGCCCUUUGAGUAAUUCAGUUGUCACCAGUGAAAUAUCCUCAUGCCAAAAUAUUGAAGAAGAUAGUUCACAACUGACAACACACAAUCAUGCAAUGCCUUACACCUACAGGGAACAUGAGUUCAUCUCCCAGUUAAGCCCUGAGCAGAUUGACCACCUGAGACAGCAGCUUAGCUUGUUAGUACAAGGGAAUGAGGUGUGCAAGCCAAUCAUGGAGUUUGACCACUGUCAGUUUCCUCCUGUACUCAGCUCUAACAUAAAGGCGGCAGGCUAUGAAGUGCCUACUCCUAUUCAGAUGCAGAUGAUCCCAGUUGGGCUUAUGGAAAGAGAUAUUUUGGCAAGUGCAGAUACAGGUUCUGGCAAAACUGCAGCAUUUCUGCUUCCAGCUAUAAUUCGAUGCCUUGAGAAGAAGGAUUCUCCAGCUGCACUGAUUCUCACACCCACAAGAGAACUGGCUGUGCAGAUAGAGGGACAGGCCAAAGAAUUGAUGCGUGGGAUUCCUCACAUGAGAACUGCUCUGCUUGUGGGUGGGAUGCCUCUGCCACCUCAGAUACACCGUCUUAAACAAGGUGUACAGGUUAUAAUAGCCACGCCGGGGAGACUUCUAGAAAUUAUUAACCAGGAUUGUGUGAAUCUUGGUGAUUUAAAGAUUCUGAUUGUGGAUGAGGCUGAUACCAUGUUGAAGAUGGGGUUUCAGCAACAAGUCCUAGAUAUUUUGGAGCAUGCAUCACAUGACCAUCAGACCAUUCUGGUGUCAGCUACCAUCCCAGCUGGGAUUGAGGCCUUCACAAAGCAGCUUCUGCAGGAUCCAGUACGAAUCACUGUUGGCGAGAAAAAUCAGCCUUGCAGCAAUGUGAGACAGAUUGUACUGUGGGUGGAAGAACCUUCAAAGAAGAAAAAGCUCUUUGAAAUAUUGAAUGAUUCCAAGCUUUUCCAGCCCCCUGUAUUGGUGUUUGUGGAUUGCCGCCUUGGUGCUGAUCUGCUGAGCGAUGCUAUCUGUAAGAUUACAGGUUUAGAAUGUGUGGCAAUGCACUCUGAUAAAUCUCAGAUGGAACGAAUGAAGAUCCUGCAGGGUUUGCUCCAGGGAGAAUAUGAUGUUGUGGUGAGCACUGGAGUGCUGGGGCGAGGGCUGGAUCUGGUGAAUGUCAAGUUGGUUGUGAACUUCGACAUGCCACCAAGUAUGGAUGAGUAUGUGCACCAGAUUGGCAGAGCAGGAAGACUUGGCCACAGAGGAACAGCAAUAACAUUAAUCAACAGGAACAACCGCAGCCUCUUCUGGGACCUGGUGAAAAGAGUGCAGCCCACCGGCUCACUGCUGCCCCCACAACUGCUAAAUUCCCCCUAUCUACAAGAACAGAAGAAAGUUGAUGAGAGAGGGCGGCGGGACAAAGAGAAAGUGGUAACAGGAGACCAAAUUCUUGAUCUCAUCCGAAAACAUGACAGGAGGAAAUCUCAAAAAUGACUGUCCGCAUGGUCUCUAUUUUUCUCUCUUUCUACGGAUAAUGACCGUUUACAAGGACUCUGACUGCUUUAAAAUGUCUCUGUUAUAGAAAUAUAUUAUUAAAUAUAUAUGCUUCA